CGACAGUUUCCAGACAGAUUUAGUCAAUUUGCCAUAAAUAGAACCAACAUUCACUGGCAUAUUUAUGCAGUGUUGAAACAGAGGAACAUAGAGAUACACACAUUUUUUUCGUUUUUUCAUCAAUGUUUUGCUUGGUUUUGCCCAUCGCCUGUGUUCUUUUGGCAGUUAUUUUAACUCCAUUAGUGAACUGGUAUGUGAAUGUAUACAAAAACAGAAGUUUGAGCGAUGUUCCAGGGCCUAAACCGACUCCUAUUUUGGGAAAUACAUCCUUGCUCGGACAAACGCCCUCUGAUUAUUUAGAAGCUCUGUUAUCAUUGCAAAACCAAUACGGAAACUUCUACAAGUUAUGGACUGGCCCAACCUUAAGACUAGUUAUCAACAAACCCGAAUACUUGGAAGACUUGCUAAACUCCAACGUUCACCUAUCGAAAUCAAACGGUUACGAUUUGUUUAAGCCCUGGCUUGGGGAUGGCUUAUUAGUAAGCACCGGAUUAAAAUGGAGACAACGCAGGAAGAUGAUAACGCCCACUUUCCACUUUAAAGUGUUGGAGGAUUUUAUGGAAAUCUUCAACUACCAGAUUAACGUGAUGCUGGAAAAGUUAAUGGAGGCGGUGAAAAAAGCUCCGGGAUCUACCUUUGACAUUUUCCCGUUUAUUAAUUUGAUGUCCCUAGAUAUAAUUUGCGAAACAGCUUUCGGGACAUCGAUAGGGGCCCAGAAUCAGAAAAACCCGAAAUACGUAGCCGCUGUAAAGGACUUUCUGGAAAUUUUCGUUUUUCGCUUCUACUCGGGCUGGAUGGGGCAUCCGCUUUUCUUCCGCUUUACCGAACCAUACAAGAUCUACCAGCAAACAUUGGACACUUUGCACCAGUUUUGUGAGAAAGUCAUCAAACAAAGAAAAGAAGAAUUUGCAAAACAUGGAAAGAUGACUGGGAUCAGGGAUGAUGGUAUAAAAGUCCGAUCAGCCCUCCUAGACAUGCUUUUGGAAGCCAACCAACACGGCGAAAACUUGUCCGACAAAGACAUACGAGACGAAGUGAAUACUUUCAUGUUUGAAGGACACGACACGUCCGCAACAGCGAUAUGUUUCACCCUGUACGCCUUGGCACAAAAUCCAAAAUUCCAGGACAAAGUAUACGAAGAAUUAUGCGAGGUUAUUGGCAAAGAUCCCAAAACUGAGAUUACCAUCUCCAAGCUCAAUGACCUAAAAUAUAUGGACAUUGUGGUUAAAGAAGCGUUAAGGGUUUAUCAACCGGUGCCUUUGAUYGAACGGAAGACUGAAGAGGAAUGGAAAAUUGAUGGAAUCACCGUUCCCAAAGACACGACAAUCGCAAUUUUCCUCUUUGGCAUGGCACACGAUCCGGCAGUCUUCCCAGAUCCCGAAAAAUUCAACCCGGACCGAUUUCUUCCCGAAAAAAUGAGCGAGAGACACAAUUUCUCGUAUAUUCCGUUUAGCGCUGGAUCCCGCAACUGCAUCGGGCAACGAUAUGCGAUAUAUUCGCUGAAAACCUGCGUGGCAAAGCUGCUGCUUCAAUUUAGGACUGAGGAGGAUCCGAAUUUUACCAUUAAUCUGGGAACUUGUUCGGUUCUAAAAUCCAUGAACGGGUACAAAAUGAAAAUUGUACCCAGAAAUUAAAUGAGAAACACCAACGUAGUGUCCAUAACCAACCAUAGUAAUAGUAUCAUUUAGAUGAAAAACACUUAUUUUCGAUAAAUACUAUAUGGCUCUGUGCACUAACGUUCAAAGGGCGACAAAUUCGCUGAUAAAACCAGAUGAAUUCAGUACAUUUUCCGCUUUAGUUGUGUCCGCUAAACGAUUUCAGCCCCAAUUUUCAAAGCACCUUGAAAAACGACUAAAUUUCCUGAACGCGGUGAAAUGAAAACACGCGCAAAGAACACAGAACCAAAUUUAAGCAUCCGUUUUGGGAAUAGAGUUUUCCAGCUCGGCAAUAUCUAGGGAAAACGCUUUAACGUCAGAAAAAUCGAGUUUAGUGACACUUGCAACGAAGCAGCAGAACGAGAGUACUAAAGGUGGAAAGAAAAUAACUCCUUUUCGGAUUAGAUGGCCGGCGGAAACUGGACGAGUUUCAUAAGUUUGCACAGGAAAAACGUUGCUGAAGUGAGCGGGAUAUUUUUAUUAACUCACUUCCUAAAGCAGCUACGUUAAUGAUUGUUCUUUUAGUGCCAAAAGUGAGAUUUAAUUCUCUUCCAGAGCAAUAUAUGUUCCAAUUUAUUUGUCCCAUGUAUCUGAUAAAUAUAAACUUGUUUUAACUGAA